UGUCAUCAGAUAUGUGGGCGUAACGACUUGCUCAAAUUAAUUGUUUAAACAACAAUGCAGUUUUUAAAAUGUGAACUAGUUCUUGGUUUCGUUGUUGUUUUCAUGCUCAAAGAUGCCUCAGCUAUCAAACAUAUUGAAGCUAACCCGGACGCUAAAAGGCUCUACGAUGAUUUGCUCAGCAACUACAAUAGGCUUAUUCGACCAGUUAUCAACCACACCGAAACGCUCACCGUUUGGCUCAGUCUCAAAUUAUCACAACUCAUAGAGAUGAAUCUGAAGAACCAAAUAAUGACCACUAAUUUGUGGGUUGUUCAGAAAUGGUAUGACUAUAAGUUGAGGUGGGAUCCUGAAGAAUAUGGAGGAGUUGAAAUGUUAUACGUGCCAUCUGAACAUAUUUGGCUGCCCGAUAUUGUACUAUUUAACAAUGCAGAUGGAAACUACGAAGUAACAUUGAUGACCAAAGCCACAUUAUCGUAUACUGGUGAAGUGAUUUGGAAACCUCCUUCUAUAUAUAAAUCUUCUUGCGAAAUAAACGUACAAUAUUUCCCAUUUGACGAGCAAAGUUGCCUCAUGAAGUUCGGUUCUUGGACAUACAAUGGACUGCAGGUAGAUCUGAAGCACAUGGACCAACAACUAGGAAGUAACAUAGUAAAAGUUGGCAUCGACUUGUCAGAAUUUUACUUGUCUGUAGAAUGGGACAUACUAGCGGUACCAGCAACAAGAAAUGAAGAGUACUAUCCGUGUUGUACAGAGCCGUACUCUGAUAUAACCUUCAAAAUAACGAUGAGGAGAAAAACGCUAUUCUACACCGUCAACCUCAUCAUCCCUUGCGUCGGUAUCACCUUCCUAACCGUUCUGGUAUUUUAUCUUCCGUCAGAUUCUGGAGAAAAAGUGACGCUGUGCGUAUCCAUUCUCAUCUCGCUCACAGUGUUCUUCCUGCUGCUGGCAGAAAUCAUCCCACCGACAUCUCUAGCUGUGCCGCUUCUAGGAAAAUACCUUCUAUUCACGAUGAUUCUGGUUACUUCUUCUAUCUGGGUGACGGUGUGUGUACUCAAUGUUCAUUUCAGAUCGCCAUCAACCCAUAAAAUGUCACCUGUAUUUAGAAAAGUAUUCCUACACUUUAUGCCCAAAUUGCUCAUAAUGCGACGGACCACCUACUCAUUGCCAGAAUAUGAUGACAAUCAGCCACCUAGAGGAUACACUAAUGAAAUUGAUUUGCAAUUAAACAUGGGAGAGCCCUUCACGACCGAUUUUAAAAUAACUACCAGAGAGCCAAGUUUCGUGCUCCAAAACUCCGAACACGAAGACGGUAAAAUGAAAGCGCAUUCUUCCAUGACAGAAUCUUCCAACAUGACUCCCAAAGUACUUUCGGCAAAUGUAUUAGCAGCUCUAGAAGGAGUCAGAUUCAUUGCUCAACACAUUAGAGAUGCGGACAAAGACAAUGAGAUUGUCGAAGACUGGAAAUUCGUAUCGAUGGUACUGGACAGAUUCUUCUUGUGGGUGUUCACUCUGGCCUGCAUCGGAGGAACAUGCGGUAUAAUCUUCCAAGCGCCGUCCCUCUACGAUACAAGGGUUCCUGUGGAUCAGCAGCUCAGUGGAAUACCGCUGACGAAAAUAUUCCAGCUGCCCCCCUCUCACAUACCAAUUUUUUAGACACUGUAUUUAACACAAUAAAAUGUAUAGAGAUAGUCG